CACAUCCUCCAACCCAAUGGAGAGCCGGAGAGAUGAUAGCUCCCACCUUCCUCCUCUCUCAGAACUCACCUUGACUCCACAAAGUCCCGAUUACCAACAUGCUUCCUGGAUUUCCUAAACUAACCAAGAUUUUCUUGUAAAAAAAAUUGUGUGGGUCUCUCUCUCUGUUGGGGAAGGAGAGGGGGACAAUUAUUUUGGGGGGCUUUGGGGUGGGGUCUCCUUUCAGCGAUGGAUCAGUCUGGGACCACGCAGACCCAGCCUCAACACGAACCCAUCAGCUUUGGCAUCGACCAGAUCCUCAGUGGCUCUGAUCAGGAGAGCUGCCUGCAGCCCAGCGCCAGGGUCUCGGAGGCCGGCUACUUGAGCAGUCCGGUUAGCGGCGCCUACCCGGGCUUGGCCACCGCUUACCCGGCCAUGGGGGCCACUUACGAGGACAGCGUGUCGGGAUCUUAUAGUGUUAACCUGAGCAUGAACGUCAACAGCCUGGCGUCCGCCGGAGUCAUCCGUGUGCCCGCUCAUCGCCCAGUCCCUCAAACGGCCAUGCCUACCGUACCUAGCGUGGCCGGUCUGAGCGGCCUCAACUUCCCUUGGAUGGAGAGCAGCAGGCGGUUUGCUAAGGACAGGCUGACAGCAGCCUUGACUCCAUUCACGGUGACACGGCGGAUUGGCCACCCUUACCAAAACAGGACCCCCCCGAAGCGGAAGAAGCCCCGAACCUCUUUCACCAGGAUUCAAAUCUGUGAGCUGGAGAAGCGCUUUCACCGUCAGAAGUACCUCGCCUCGGCAGAAAGGGCGGCGCUGGCAAAAUCCCUCAAAAUGACCGAUGCUCAGGUCAAGACCUGGUUCCAGAACCGCAGAACCAAGUGGAGGCGGCAGACAGCGGAGGAGAGAGAGGCCGAGAGACAACAGGCCAACAGACUGAUGCUACAACUACAACACGACGCCUUCCAGAAGUCUCUCAGCGACUCCAUUCAGCCAGAUCCUCUGUGUCUGCACAACUCGUCUCUGUACGCGCUGCAGAACCUACAGCCCUGGGCUGAAGAUAAUGCCAAGAUCCCGGUUGUCACAUCGUUAGUGUGAGACUGAGAGUGAGGUGAGCAGCGAAUCCGAGCCCGGCUCUCUCCAAUAAAUUGAUUUGUGGGUUCGUUUUAAUUUUGGCCUUUCUUUAAAAGUUGAACUGGAGAGAGCAGCGUAUCAGAGAAUCUCACACCAGGGAUCAGGAAACCAAGGGGGUUAAGGAAUUUUUUUUGAACUGAACAGAACUCAAAGGCGACUACGUGAGGAUGAAUAAACAACAAGGCACUACCGAGAAACAAUUAAACAGCGAAAAAAAAACUCAAAGACUGCUUGAAAGCUGGAGAGGGACAAACCUGCAGCAAAACUGCCUGUUGCUCAAUCUUCGAUGAGAUUAAGAAUAUCUUCGUUUUGCUUCGUUAAUAAUUAUACAUUUUAAAAUAACGCCUCAGGAAAGAAUGAAAACAGGAGCAUGACAUAUUUAUUGCUGACAUGAAGCGCUGGCCUUUGGACAGAGGAAAGUAACUAUAUUUUAUUGGGAGAGUCACUGAAAACUCUUUUGGCCGCUCUCUUCCUACAAUUUAGGAUGAGUGUGGGCCCCUUCCAGAGCAGGUAAAGGGGAGAAAGGAGGCCUCACCGGUGAAGCUGAAGAUUUACUCUUGGCUCCCUGGAUUGCUUAUCACAUCAACUGACGGGGAGUGCCCGUGCUCAGCAGGUUAUGAUAGGGAGCCUGGGAAGAAAGCUUGAGAGACUGACGAGGCGAGACAAGGGGGAUCCUGAACUAGAUCAAUCACUGGUGUGUGUGUGUAUGUGUGUGUGUGUGUGUGUGUGUGUGUGAGAGAGAGAGAGAGUGAGAGCUCACCGAAUGUUAUUAACGUGCUUCAUUCACCGAGCAGAACAGCGGUCAUAUAUUAUUGCUCAGUCUUGUCUUUCUUUGAAUUCCCUGUUAUUCACUUUACUCCAGCUGCGAACCCACCGCCAGGGAGAGGAGUUGUUCUUCCCGCUCUGUUCGAGAAGCAUGCGCCAGAGCAUUUUUAAAAUGUAUGGAUUCAUGUACGAGCCAUCGAUUAUAGGUUUGACUGAAGGUAAUAUAAUGUAUAUA